AUGACUGCAUCCGCGUCUGGCUCUCCAUCAGUCCAGCAGCAGCAGUCUGAGGCUUGCAGAGUAGAGCCGUUGGGCUCGUCCGUUUCUGUCGGAGGCAUUGGCUUUGGCAUUUUCCUCUGGGAAUCGCAUUUAUUGUUGUCGUCGUGGCCCUCUCUUCCCCGCCUCCCCGCCCUCCACCAGCACCCCCACCCCGCCCCCGCACAUCCAUCCGCGAUCUGCCAUGGUUCCCGGUGGCUGGCGGCGCUCCGGCAGAUCCCUGCUUCGCGGAUUCCUGUGUUGGCCUGCCGUUCCGCCUCCCUCCAUCUACCCCGAGCAUCCAUCCCCGAAGAUCUGACCGAACCGGCAAGCUCUCCACUUCCCGGCGGCAGGCGGCCGGCGGCGCCCCGCAGUCCCCUGCAUCGAGCGGAUCUCCGUGGCGCCUUGCCGUUUCUCUCAGCACCCACCUCCCACGCCAUCUCCUCCUCCCUCUCCUCCGCGCCUUCAUCCCUCGACCUGCCACCCAUCCCGGCCCAGUCCGGUUGCCGGCGGCGCCCCGUUCCUGCGGCAGAGUCGGUUCGUUCUCUCAGCGCCCUGCUGUUUCUCAUAGCGCCCACCUCCUGCGCCAUCCCCUCCUCCCUCUCCUCCGCGUCUCUAUCCCCUCAACCUGCCACUCAUCCCUGCCCAGUCCGGUUGCCGGCGGCGCCGCGUUCCUGCGGCAGGAGUCGGUCCCAAGGGCGACGGAACAUCGCCGUGGAAGAAGAGCUGAGUCCCGAGCUAGAUUUAACUGUGAAAUCAAAGGUACCGUCAUCAAUCGGCGACCUUGUUCAUGGCCAGCAAGGGGAACAACGCGGGGAGUUUUCAGGACGCGUCCUCUGGAAGGGGUUUCCCAAUGCUGCCCUGCCCACGGUGUGGUGCUUCUCCAUUGACAUGGGGAGUGUGCGAGAACGUCAAGAACGCUGGGAAGGAGUUCUUCAAGUGCUGCAGGAACCUGAGCUUAAGUUAAUGAUCUGGACUUAUCAUACCUGAAUUUUCACCAUGCAGGUUCUUCAUAUGGAAGGACACAUAUAUUGAGGACCUGAGGUCAUCGGGGAUAAUGGCAGCAGAUCCAUCUGUCGUUUUUGAAGGCCAGAUUGAGUCUGCACUUGCUGUGGCGUUACCAUCAUCAGACAGCAGAUCCAUCUGGCGUUUUUUUCACUUUGCAGGGAAAGUUUUUUAGUUUGGGUAAUGUGGUUUAUAAUAAGGCAACAGGAUUGGUGCAUUUUAGCUUGUGAGUCUUUGCUGUCAGUUUGUUCUUUAAACAUCUAUCAGUGUCAUGCAUCACUAAUGUUAAUGACGUCCUUCUGAACCUGAACCAUUAGGCGCUGUUCCAGCGGAUGGUUUUUCUGCUAGUUAUAGCUAGUGUUUUAUAAUUUGGUUUUGGCUCCUGUUUAAAUGAUCCUUAAGAGGAUUAUGCCAAUCUGGAGGUAGUGAAUGGAGAACGGCCUCGAGUGUCAAGCCGGAGGUCAAAAUGGAACUCGAUGGUUGAUGUUAGGGAUGAAGACGAGAUGUGACCCCCUUUUAUUUCAAUGGCUAAACAACAGGCUCUACUGUACAUUAUUGUGAAUAUUAUCUGGCAUUCAGGUGUAUUGACCACCAGACAGAUCUCUAAGUUAUACAUUUUUCCUUAGCUCC